AUGCCACUCAAGAAGCGCGCGGCUCCCUUGUCCCCCUUGGACUUCCGACCUGUCUCAUUGCUCUGCAUGCUGUCAAAAGUGCUCGAGAGACUUGCUCACGACCAGAUUUCUGAGUACCUGACCAAUGAGGGACUUCUUAAUCCCCUGCAGACGGGCUUCAGACGACAUAACUCUACGCAGACUGCACUCUUGAAGCUGACAGAAGACGAAAGACUGAAUAUUGACAAGAAACACAUGACGCUACUGUUACAGUUUGACUUUAGUAGGGCAUUCGACACUGUCUCAUCCACUCAUCUUCUAGAGAGGCUGAGGCGGACGGGAUUCUCCAGGGCUGCGCUCUCAUAG